AUGUCCAAUUAUCAAAACCUGGUUGCAGAACUCAUUGGAACUUUGGAGGACUUAAGAGAGAAGAAGGAGGAACUCAAGUGUGAAAUUUAUGAAGAGGAGGAAGAAAGAAGACGCAUUGAGAAAGAAUUGGAGAUACUCUCAGAAAGACUGGAUCGAGUUAAUGAAACAAUCAUGAGAACAGCCACUGAGAAGAGAGAAUUAGAAAAGACCAUCUAAGAAACUGAACAUACCAAAAACAAGAUUGUGGAGAGUCUCAAAACUUUGUUACAUGUCUUAUAAAAAGAAUCAUAAUAUCACAUCAAAGAACAAUGA